GAGAGAUGCGUGAUCUCAUCAUAUAUUCAGCCCGGUCUCUCGAGCCCGCUGGAGACCUCACGAGUAGCGGUACUUACAGAACGCCCACCUACACCACAUUUUCUGACUUUUGCCUUUGAGCACAGCCGUGAGAUGUUCGCAGGAUAAGGAUGAAUUUGUUGGCAGUAUUGGUGUUAAAACAGCUGCUUCCGUUCUCAGCUCUGGAUGCAGCAGAUGAUUGUGUUGUAGCACCGACUGCUGUGAGAAACGGUGAUGUUUCUUUCCCGUAAGCGCUCUUAUUAGCAGUUUUGAUCUGUGAUUGAAGAUGCCGAGGUUCCAGCAUUUAAACAGCACUAGUAUACCAAAUCACAAUUAUGAAUGGAGCUACGAAUACUACGACGACGAAGAACCUGUGUCUUUUGAGGGACUCAAAGCACAUCGAUAUUCCAUUGUGAUCGGCUUUUGGGUGGGUCUUGCAGUUUUUGUGAUUUUUAUGUUUUUUGUUCUGACUCUUCUGACCAAAACAGGGGCACCACACCCAGAGGCCACGGAGCCUUAUGAGAAACGAAUGCGUCUCACAAGCUGCGCUGAGGGUCUGGGCCGCCAACGUGAGGCAGACACCCGAACGAGUCUCUCUCGCCCAUUGCUGGAAGAGUCCCGGUCUUUUUUUCACUGUUACAUAAACGAAGAAGAGCGAGAAGGAGGCAGGGCCACUGCAGGUGCCGCCCAUGGAUGUACAGGCAGCGGCGACUCCAGAAACCAGGUGGAAACGGUCGGCCUAGCCGUGCAAAGCAUGGUCAUGGACACCAGGGCAGAACGAGAGGCGGCACUCUUGGCACAUUUUAACAUCCCCAACUUCGUGAACUCAGAACUGAACUCUGUGUUAGGGGAUGAAGAUUUACUACUAGGCGAUCCACCGAUCAUAAUGGAGGAGGCCCGUCCACGCUGUACCCAUCAUAUCAUCGACUAAUCCACCAGUUUAAAGAUGGCCUUUUUCACUCAUUAUGGCUCCAUUAUUGUCUUCAACUCAGCCUGUGAUCUCUAAAAGUGAAGAGUGAUGGUGUUUUGCUUCAAAAGCUCUGCUUUUGCAGCGCACGCUUUAAGGCUGAGCUAUUUUCUGACAUCUGGGGUCUACAGUGACUCAUGAUGUCAGGCCGCAAGAUAAAAAAAGGUGGGAUUGCACGAAUGGGAUUUGGGGAAUGUGUUCUUGAAAGCAGCGACAACAUGCUAAGACUGUUGGGAGAAAAUGCCAGAUAUUUAAAGAAAAACAAUGAAAUCAAGGAUGUUGUUUCCGGUUGUAGGAAGACAUUCCAGUAGAUUGCAAUGCCUUAUUGAUUCACACUUCAUUUCUACUAUCAGCAUGAUUUAAAAAAAAAAAAAAUCUCUUGAUGUGCAGUAGGAAGAUGCUUUAUGCAGCAUUGUACUUAUGUAGCCUAAUGGAAAAAUUGCAGCAAAUUGCCUGGUUCUCUGGCCUUGUUGUGUGAGCAAAUGCCUGAGUAGAAAAUAGCUCGCUGUCUGCACCUGUCAGCUGAAUCAGUGGCUUUCUGCAGAAUAUCUGGAGUAUACUUGCAUACUAACUCUCUGUAUUUGUCUGAAUACAGCUGCCUGAACAACUGAAUACUUCAGUUCUGUCUCCCAUUUUAUUGAACACCUAUAUGCCAAUAAAAUUCAGUGCAAACC